AGGAUCUGGGGUCUCCUGGGCAUGGCAGAGCCAUGGUGAGUGUGGAGAGCUGAGUGCCUUGGGCCAUUUCUGCCCUUGGACAGGUAACUCUGACCUUCAGACACCCUGGAAGUCCUGGCCCUGCUCCUCCAGCCCAAACCCACCCGCUGGAGCUCCAAGGAGGGAUGGUGGAGCCCUGGCUGUCCCCAUCCUUGUGACCUCCAGGGGAGGAGGAGCUGUCAGCCCUGGGAAUUGCUCCCAGGAGCAGGAGGAGCUGUCCAGGUAAGCUGAGCAGGGGGUGGGAUGGGGACGUGUCUCCAACUCUGGAGCAGAGAUCCCAAAUACCUCUGGCACAGCAAUUUGUGGCAGGGAAACUCAUUCUGACAGCGUGCAGGUGAAAUCUAAGGGGAGGUGUGCUUGAGAGGGAGAGGUGUACUGAUUUCAGAACAGACUUUGGCCAUGUUUUAAAUCCAUGUCUUAUCCAGGGAGAGGCUUGGUGUGGGGAAUGGAGCCUCUUCCCUAAGGAGCAUGCACUUGCUGAAGGGUUUCCCUUUGGAGGCUGCUCACAUUUACCUCCCCUGACAGCAGUGCUGGGUUUGGGCUGGCCUGAAGAGCAGUUGCAUGUACAGUCCUUCCCAGCCCUACCCCUCCCAGCCCCCACAUUUCCUCCCGUUGUUCUUUUUCAGAUCACUUGAAGGUUUUUUCCUGUUUAUUAUCCGGACAUGCUGCGCUCUGUGUGUUGAUUUGACUGUCACAUAAGGAAUCUCCUACUGGGAUCAUGGAUGCACUCCUUUCUUACAUAAAUACAUAUCUGUGGCAAUGGUUCAGGGCUGUGGAAGAGAAAUGUUGGUGAUUAAACCAAAGCUGUAAUGAGCUACAGUUGUUAAUGAGGGCUAAGUUUAAUUACCCUUUCCCAGAAAACCUGCAACAGUGUGAUGAGUACAGUCACAAACAAAAAUUCUCCUUAAUUGACAUAACAGGAAAAGUACUUCAGUGAGCAAUUAUGCUGAUGUCCUGGGCUGGCACAUGUGUGUCCCACAAAUAUAUCUUGUACUUCCUGCAAACUUCUUUUAAGUAGCUAUAAGGAAGACAUUAUUUUUUUUUCUUUUCAUUUUUUUUUCCAGCAGUUGGCGAAAACUAAUCACUGACUUGGAGGCUCUUUUUGAGGAAAACAAUGGGACAAAACAAUGCCUUUUUGUGAGACCUGCCAAAGCACAAAGGAUGCAUGGGAUGUUUUUUUUCUUUGUUGCUUUUGUCAGCAGGAAGUUUUGUUGUUGGGAACGACUAUAACAUGCACUGUCCUUGCUCUACGUAAUCUCUGUCUGGUGCUGUGAGCCGGGUCCUGCUCUGUGCCUCCUCCAGCUGGCACGGGCAGGGCUCUGCCUCACCCCGGGGGCUCUGCCCAGCCCUGGUGCCCGCACUCUCCCUCUCCAUCCUGACUGAUGCCCAGUAAACAAACCCAGGAGUCGGGUGCUCCAGUGAUUGCUGGGGUUGUGCAGGACUGAAGCAGUGAGGAUGGAGCCCACCAAGAUCAACAUGUCCCGCGUGCCCCUGGUCGGCGGCGGCCUCGACAGCGCCAUGCUCAAGGCGCACAAACCCCGCGUGAUGUCCAAGAGCGGCCACAGCAACGUCAGGAUAGACAAAGUCGACGGCAUCUACCUGCUCUACCUGCAGGAUCUGUGGACCACAGUCAUAGACAUGAAGUGGAGGUACAAACUCACCCUGUUUGCUGCUACCUUUGUCAUGACCUGGUUCCUCUUUGGGGUGAUCUACUACGCCAUCGCCUUCCUUCAUGGCGACUUGGAGAUGAACAAGUUCUCCCCGAAGCGGGAGCCGUGCGUGAAGAAUGUGGAUUCCCUGACUGGGGCGUUCCUCUUCUCCCUGGAGUCCCAGACAACCAUUGGCUAUGGAUUUCGUUUCAUCACCGAGGAGUGUCCCCAUGCCAUUUUCUUGCUCGUGGCCCAGCUGGUCAUCACCACCCUGAUUGAGAUCUUCAUCACGGGUACCUUCCUGGCCAAGAUCGCCAGGCCGAAGAAAAGGGCAGAGACGAUUAAAUUCAGCCACUGUGCUGUCAUCACCAAGCACAACGGGGAGCUUUGCCUGGUCAUCAGAGUGGCAAACAUGAGGAAGAGCCUCCUGAUACAGUGUCAGCUCUCUGGGAAGCUUCUUCAGACCUACGAAACCAAAGAAGGGGAGAGGAUUCUGCUGAACCAAGCCAGUGUCAAAUUCAAUGUUGACUCCUCUUCGGAGAGUCCAUUUCUCAUUUUGCCUUUAACCUUCUAUCACAUUUUGGAUGAAAGCAGCCCUCUGAGAGACCUCACACCUCAAAACCUCAAGGAGAAGGACUUUGAGCUCGUGGUGCUCCUGAAUGCCACGGUGGAGUCCACCAGUGCUGUCUGCCAGAGCAGGACUUCCUACGUCCCCGAGGAGAUCCACUGGGGCUAUGAGUUCGUGCCUGUGGUUUCCCUCUCUCCAAAUGGAAAGUACGUGGCGGAUUUCAGUCAGUUUGAGAAGAUCAGGAGAAGCACAGAUUCUACUUUUUACAGCAUGGACUCUGAAAAGCAAAAGCUGGAGGAGAAAUACAGGCAGGAGGACCAAAGAGAGAGGGAAUUGAGAACAAUGUUGUUACAGCAGAGUAAUGUUUGAUUGGAUGGAAAAACUAUUCUGAAUAAUCCUUUUUCUGCAAACUGAAAAAACCACAUAUUUUCUGUGCUGUAUGUCUGCUGUGAAACCAGAAGUGAAGCCCUUUUCAGGAUUAUUUCCUUUUCAGUCCUAUUUCAGCAAAUAGCUUUGGUGUACAGUAAAUCUACCCCUUUGGCUGAGUUGUUAAUCAAGUACUUUGUAAUUAGGCAGGAUUUCUUUGUUCCCGAUCGUGACUUAGCAAAAUUGGGUUUGUGUUAAACCUCUGCCUGAUGCCACCACUGAAAGCAGACACGCCACUUUCCGUUUGGAAAGUGAAACUGGACUCAGUGUGCUGAUUCCCUCAAAUAUUUAUUUGAUGUGGUUUUACUGUGAACAUGCAGGGACAGCACACAGCACUGCUAGAGGAAAGCGUGCUCCUUUGAAAUAUGUACCUUUAAAAUGUAUAUUCUCCUACCAGGGAUCACCUGCGUGGGGAUUCCUGGCACUGAAAGUAAGUUGAUUGAAGAGACAGAUGGUUGGAUGUGGGAAGAGCUCCAGGGAGGGGUUAAACUCCUGAAAUCUUGAAGGAAUGUGACAGAGCAGUGCUGGGUGGUGGGGAUGAACACUCGCUCUCUGUCUCUGCUGCUCAGAGCUUGUUCUGUGAUUGUUUUAGGAUCACUCCUAAAACAAUCCUUUUUUUAACCUUGCUAACGCCUGAUUUAUAUCUGAUAGCAAAAAGGGGAGAUGAGGGCAAGACACACACAUGAUCACAACAGUAAUCACCUAGUGUUAUAGCUGGCUUUGAGACACCUGGUUUUUAUCCAGUGUAAAUAGUUUGUAACAGCAGCAUAACAAUACAAUUCUACAGAUUGCUUGCUUUGCUCUGGACCGUAUUUAAUUUUGGUUAAAAGAAAGCUCUGUAAUGUCUGUAGACAAUAUUUACUUUUUCUGGCAGCCAUAAAGGACAAGCAUUCCUUUCAUCCAAAUCAAUUUUGGUCUACUAAAACCAUUCCAUUAAUAAAUGAAUUUAAUUUGA